GGAGGCUCCAAACGCCGAAGAACAAGCCUGACGCUACGUCAUUGCUCCGGGAAAAGAAGCUGUUUUGGGUGUCAAUAUUGAACCUAUGAUUGAUCCUAAAUCAGCUUAAAUCAAAGCUCAGCAGAUCGCCUUGGGCAUCACCAGUGACAGCCAACCAUGUCUUAUGGUAAAACAGACAGUUAUCGUCCUGCCCCACGGGACUUCCAGUCCCUCACACAAACAUGCAGCUCCAAUAUCCAGAAAAUCACACAAAAUACUGGACAAAUCAAAAGUAUGGUGAACCAACUGGGGACCAGACAGGACACUACCACACUCCAAGAGCAGUUGCAACAGAUACAACACUCUACCAACCAACUGGCUAAAGAAACUAACAAGCACCUUAAGGAAUUGGGCUCCGUUCCUCCACCUUUAUCUCCGGCUGAACAGAGGCAACAAAAAAUCCAAAGGGAGCGACUUAUGAAUGAAUUCUCUGCGGCUCUGAACAACUUCCAGGCGAUACAACGUCUAGCAGCUGAGAAAGAGAAGGAAUCGGUGGCUCGUGCAAGAGCAGGAUCUCGUCUUUCAGCUGAUGACCCCUUUCGUGAUGAAAAACUUGUGUCAUUUGACAGUCAAGAGGACUGGGGUCAGAUGACCACUCAGACAGAAGAAGUAGCCAUUACUGAGGAGGACCUGGAGCUUAUCAGAGAGAGGGAAACCAACAUUAGACAGCUUGAGUCUGACAUUUUAGAUGUCAAUCAAAUCUUCAAAGAUCUAGCAGUGAUGAUCCAUGACCAAGGAGAGAUGAUUGACAGCAUCGAGGCGAACGUGGAGAAUGCUGAGGUCCAUGUUGAGAGAGGAACAGAACAGCUUCAGAGAGCCACCCAUUACCAACAAAAGUCCCGCAAGAAGAUGUGCAUUCUGAUAUUGGUUUGUGUAAUAGUUAUUAUUGUACUAAGUCUUCUGAUCUGGUGGGCAGCAAAAAAGUGAAAGCAUUUGUACAAAUUCAGUGCCACAAAAAUUUGCACCUCUCCAUUGUAAGGACCUGACUGUUGUCUUAACAUUUGCAAGAAGAUAUAUUUUGAUGAUGAUCACUUCUUGGAACACAGUUUUGCUUUGAUGUGAUCAGUGCUCAUUGAUUGGGCUUCUGCUGCAAAAAAUGUUUGAUUUCCUCUUUGCUUAUUUCAUUUGUUAUUUUUAUUUACUGCACUUACAUUUACUGUCACUGUGUUGAUUGUACAAUGUCAUGGAAUCUAGUUCAUUAUAGAUAAACUAGAAAAAGAAUGUGGGAAUGUACACACAUUUUAUAUCUGAAUUCUGAUCCAUAUUUUAAGCUCGUGUAAAUUUAUGAGACAUCACAUUACGUAAACAAUAAAGGAUAAAUGUACCUGUAAUGAUAUAUACAUGUUGUACAAUAUGAAACUUAUGACCAAUAUGAAACACAUUGUAAAUACAGAAUUCUGUUGCAUUAUACCUGUAAUUAUCUAUUUUAGUUCAGGCAAUGCACUACACUCAACCAUUUUAUUAGGUUUCUGUGACUUUCUCUGCUCAAUAAACGUCUAACACUG